AGAGGCGGCUCCGCGCGCGGGGCAGGGCGCCAGCCGUGGUGCCCAGGGCGGGUCGCGGCUCUUGGAGGACAGCGCGUGGGCGAAGACUGGGCUACGAGUGUGCGACGCCCGUCCCAGGAGGGUGGGCCUUUGUUGGGAGGAAUCCGGGACCGCCCCGCGGCCUCUGGGCUGUGGAAUCAGAGCCCUCAGGGAGCAGGGCGGGGCGGGGCGGAAGAAGAAAGGGUUCAGGCCUCGCGGGUUGCAGCACACAUUUGUGCCCCGCCCUCCUUUCCUGCACCGUGAAGAAGGGUGCGGCUGGCGGAGACCAGCCUUUGUAGACGCAAAGGCUUGGCUUCUUUGAGGAGGGUUCUGAGAUCAGAAGGGUCCUGGUCUGUUAGGUCCGUACAGGCCCCCUCUGGCUGAUGUGUUGGGGAAUAAACCUGGAGGUGGCCGAUGUGGAGGGAACCAGCAAUGUUACUUCAUCGGUAACUGGUGCAUAGUGGCUUGGGGGUCUUGCUGGAAGAUGAUUUUUGCAAAUGGGGAGGGAAGAGUUGAGACUGAGACCCCCAACAGAUCUUUAGGGUAUAGGGGCAGGAUUAAGUAGGGCUCCACUCCGGGGUUGUGACCCUGGAGAGACAAGUUGGUGGAGAGUUGUCUCAGGGUUUGUCGAUUCUCCUUCUUAGACCAGAAAUCUGUACGUUCUGGGUGUAAGAUGACCCGAGUAAACUACCCUAUUCCAUAGACAGAAAAACAGGCCCAGUGCCCUCUGGUCACCUGCUUGAUGGGUGAAGUAGCAAUUUCUCAGAAUCCCCUGGAGGUACCCCCCCUUCUGGUGACUGAGGCUGGGCAGUGCCUGGAUCAUAGGGUCACAGUUCACAAGAAGCAUGAGGAUUGCUCAGCCAUGCUCCUUACAUGGCUUCACACCGGCUGUGGCCUGCUGGUGCUUCACCCUUACCCAUCCAGUCACAUGGUCCAUAGAUAACGCCUCUCUAUGCCACACACCCUGGGGCACCUGUCCAGCUGUUGACCAGCUUUCUACCUUCACUCUUAUGUGACCAGGCAUACUCCAAAUGGAUCUGACCAGGAAGCAGAUGUGCCACCUGUGAAGACCUGCAUAUUCCAGUUAAUGUAACCCCAUUCUGGUGCAGCAUUCCUGGGUCAGCACAGGAAAUCAGCUGCAGUAAGAUUGAGAAGUACAAAGGGAAGACCAAAAAAAGAAAAACAGGCAGAGUGGAGGCCACAACUAGCUGAAUGAACACUGGCUAGUGUUUCUGUAUGAAGAUCUGCUAAGUGAGGCAGGGCAGCUGGUCCUAAAUGGGGGUUCCUAGCUCCUCUACACAGAGCUACACAUUCAGAGGGAGAGUGGAGGCUACUUAAGGAUGGAUGGAGAUAUAUAGCUAUAACUGGGGGGUUGAACCCAGGGGCACUUAACCACUGACCCACAUCCCCAGCCCUUUUCAUAUUUUAUGUAGUUAUGGGGUCUCCUUGAGUUCUUAGGGCCUUGCUAAGUUGCCGAGGCGGCUUUGAAUUUGAGGUCUUCCUACCUCAGCCUCCCCAGUGGCUGGGAUUACAGAUGGCGGCUGCGGAGGCAGUGCACCACAUCCACCUGCAGAACUUUUCUCGAUCACUGCUUGAGACCCUCAAUGGACAGAGGCUUGGUGGGCACUUCUGUGAUGUAACUGUGCGCAUCCGUGAGGCUUCCUUGCGAGCACACCGCUGCGUGCUGGCUGCAGGCUCCCCCUUCUUUCAGGACAAGCUGCUGCUUGGCCACUCGGAGAUCCGCGUACCACCAGUGGUGCCUGCACAGACUGUGCGCCAGCUGGUUGAGUUCCUCUAUAGCGGCUCCCUUGUGGUGGCACAGGGUGAGGCUCUGCAGGUGCUCACAGCUGCAUCCGUGCUUCGCAUCCAGACAGUAAUAGAUGAGUGCACACAGAUUAUCGCACGUGCUCGUGCCCCAGGAACCCCUGCACCAGCCCCCCUGCCAGCACCGGUGCCCCCACCGCUGGCACCUGCACAGCUGCGCCACCGCCUGCGUCACUUGUUGGCUGCACGACCCCUUGGGCACCCUGGUGUAGCACAUAGCCGCAAGCAGCGCCAGCCUGCACGUCUUCAGCUGCCUGCACUCCCAGCCAAGAUAGAGGGUCCGGAUGCAGACCCAGUACUUCCAGUCCCUGAGGAUAGAGGUGAGGAUGAGGAGGACACCGAUGGCGAAACCGACGGCGAGGAUGGUGAAGGUGGUGGCCCAGGUGAGGGCCAGGCGCCCCCUUCUUUCCCUGACUGUGCAACUGGCUUCCUCACUGCUGCUGCGGACAGCGCUCGAGAGGACCCACCUGCAUCUGCUGGCCUCACUGACUAUGGCAGUGCAGGCAGAGAUUUCCUUCGCGGGGCUGUGGUGGCCGAGGACGUGUUUCCAGAAAGCUAUGUAUCUGCUUGGCACGAGGAGGGCGGCACUGCCACAGAAGGCUGUCCUGCUGAGACCCCUGCCCCACCGGACUGCUCCCUGGCAGGACCCCGUGUGCCUGGCGUGAAAACCUCAGGAAUGCCUGUAGCACUUUUCCCCUUUCACCUGGGCACGCCGGGGCCACCCCAGCCAACCCCUCCCACACCAUCAGGGCCAGCUCCUGCACCCACAUCCACAUCCACCUUCUACCCUGCACUCCAGCCUGAGGCCGCCCCCAGCACUCAGCUUGGGGAAGCCCUGGCCCCGCCUGUGGUGCCUGCCAGUGCCCCUUCAGGUACCCCUGUACGUGUUCCCGGAGCAGAGCAGCCUGCCUACGAGUGUAGUCACUGCCGUAAGACGUUCAGCUCUCGGAAAAACUACACCAAGCACAUGUUCAUCCAUUCUGGUGAGAAGCCACACCAGUGCGCAGUGUGCUGGCGAUCCUUCUCUCUGCGCGACUACCUGCUCAAGCACAUGGUCACGCACACUGGCGUGCGCGCCUUCCAGUGCGCAGUUUGCGCCAAGCGCUUCACACAGAAGAGCUCCCUCAAUGUGCACAUGCGCACACACCGGCCGGAGCGUGCUCCCUGCCCCGCCUGUGGCAAGGUCUUCUCGCACAGAGCGCUGCUGGAGCGCCACCUGGCUGCGCACCCUGCGACCUGACGCGGGAUCUGGCUACACCCACCAGGAAUCGACUGCGCCCCCACGCAGUUGGCUACUGCUGCGUUCCGUGACCGCCACUCCGCUCUUCCCUGCCCUAUCCCUUUCUCCAGACUGAACCUGGGGCCCGGCCUAUCACUCCUCUCUUCCACGUCCUUGGACCCUCUAGGUAGGGCAAGGUCCAUAAAGGGGACAGUCAGAGACCUGGCCACGAAGAACUGGACCAUUUCCCGUCUGAAAGUAGGCUCACAGGCCCGAGGAACUGGGUCCGGGUUUAAAUCUCUGGUGUUGAUUUGCGCGCGCCUCCCAUUAGCUGUAGGGUGGGGAUACAGCUCUGUCUGAAUAUUGGUUGAACGAUGUCCCUGGGCCCCACUUGGCACGACCCCUUCCUCAUCCAGGGCCUGAGAAAGCCCAGAUGGACCCAUCAUGGAAUAGGUCAGACCUUGGAACUCUCACUUCUCACUCUAUAAUAAAAGAGUCUGGUCAGUGCACACUGCCAUUGUAGACUGGCUGGGCUAGGAACAUCA